AUGUUUACCCAUUCUUCUAUUCCUGUCAUUACCAUAAAUGGUAUCUUGAUUGCAAACACGACAAGCAGCCAAGAAGCAAUCAAGGAUGGAGUUUAUUCAUGUCCCGACACGCUACAGAGUGACGCUUCAGCUGUAGCACCUACAAAAAAGCGCUGUUAUGUUCUCAGAAAAGUCAUAAGAGGCACAUCAAAGGUGAUCAAAGCCUUCACCAGUACGUAUAAUCUCCUCCGUAAGAUCUGUGAUUAA